AUGAAGCAGAAGGAGACAGAGUCUGAUUUUAAGCCAAAUAAAAAGAAGGGCUGCAUGGGAGAAACACAAACCAAAGCUAAAGAUGAAGUUAUUAACGUUAGCUUGAUGGCAUAUGAAUAUGGCGAGGCCAAAAUCCAGCGUAGCAAGUCAUUUCCUGUAAAAUUGUCCAAAGAUAUGGGUUAUGAUGAGGUAAGAGAGAGAGCGUUGAAAAAGUGGGAGGAUUACGACAGAAAUUUUUCCAGAGAUCAUGGAUACGUCGUAACUUUUCAAGAUGGAAAAUUGGCAAAACAGAUACCUGGCAGCUCAGAGGAAUUCAUGCUGAGAAAAUACAAAGAAGGGCUUGGCAAGAGCUAUGGCAGAAUAGUCAUGUACCUUUGCCCUGUGACGGAAAAGAAGUCAAGAGAGUACAAUGCCAAUAACAAACUGGUUAAGUGA